AUGUCCGAUCACGACAACAAUCUCAGAAUCGCCCACGAGGCAGAGAAAGACCUGAACACCUACCAGGCCAAGCAGGGUCUUGGUCGUAAGAGCGAUUCCACCGUCGAGUCAGGUGUGAACGCAAUGGUCGACAAGAAGUUCGGGGAUACCGGCAUCAAGACGGGCAGAGAAGCCGGCGCUUCCAGCAGCGAUCGUAAACCGAUUCCCGAAGACGAAGGCGGCAGCCGAGACGACCGUGGCAGAAUUUCAAAGGCCUCUCAGUUCGAAGAGUCCGGGGGACCUGAAGAUAAGGUGAGAAUAGAGUCUCAACGUCGUCCUGGUGACGAUGAUGCUCUGAACCUGCAAGAGAUGAAGCGCGAAGGACUUGUUCGGAAGAUUCACUGA